AUGGCCUCGAAACCGAAGGGAACCCCGAGGUUGAGCAGAGUGGAAGACGGGAAGACGCUGGUGCAGAAGGUCGACUUGGACACGAUCCUAGUCGAGGAGAUCGGACAGUUCGGAUGGUAUCAGCUCAGGACAUUGGUGCUGUCCGCUCUUAUGGUGGUCUUUGCCGCGUGGGCGGCCAGCGAAUACGUGUUUACUACUGCUCGGAUAAGUACCAGAUGCCUGAUUCCUGAAUGCGAGGACGCCGGCGACGGCACGGAGUUCUCCCCGCCGUGGAUCCUGAACGCGGUGCCUGGCGCGAGCAUCAGCUCUUUCGACGGCUGCCAGCGGUACCCCAAUGUGACGGCAGCCGCUCGACUGGACACCUGCCCGGCCGACCUGUUCGACAGAAGCAGGGUCGUCAACUGCGAGGAGUAUGUCUACCAGAACAAGGACACCGUUGUAUACGAUUACGGUUUGGCGUGCGACGAAUGGAGGCGCACUCUGAUCGGCUCCAUGAGGACUUUGGGUACUCUGCUGGCGCUGCCCAUCACCGGCUACGUGUCGGACCACUGGGGGCGAAGAGUGGCGCUCACAAUAAACGCGGUGAACACCGCCUGGCUAGGAACCGUGCGCUACUGGGCCGACACUUACAUCGGCUUCCUGAUCUCGGAGGUCGCCGAAUCCACGUUCGGGUCGGGCGGCUUCUCUUGCGCUUACAUUCUGCUGAUGGAACUCGUCGGGCCGAAGUAUCGCGUAGCUGCCGGUGCGACCAUGAACACUUUCUUCUCCGUCGGACAGGUGACGAUGGGCCUCAUUGCCUGGGCAAUCCCCAACUGGCGGAGUUUCACGCUCGCCCUCUACCUGCCUCAGUUCCUCACUAUCACCUACUUCUGGAUCAUGUCCGAGUCAGUCCGCUGGUACAUGAGCAAGGGCAGGUACGAGGACGCGGAAGCGGUUUUGAAAACUGUAGCCAGGGUAAACAAGAAGGCGUUAUCCGAUAAGUCGCUGCAAGGCGCUGAAGAGGACAGCCGAAGAAGACAAGAUACGACGGGAAGCGGAAGAGGCCGAGAGAGCGAACGAGCCGUGGCUAAUCGUGUUGGUGUUCCGCCACAAGAGGAUCUUGUUGCGCUGCCUAGUAUCGCCGGUUUGGUGGAUAACAACGACGUUCGUGUAUUACGGGAUGUCGAU